CAAAUACACUCUUAAGUGAUCAGUAAAGUCUUGGUGUCAUGCGCAGAGGUAUUGAAACAGUGUAUGGUACGCGAUAUCCAAGGAGGAAGUUUGGGGGUGCCUGUGUGGUGAUUAGUUGAGGCUGAUCCAGAAUCAGAUUUAUGGCAGGCAGCUGUUGAGGGUUUGACAGACAGACGGGUAGGAGAGCCAGCACUGCUGCGUAACACAAGCAGAUCUGAGCCACUGCUGCUUGCAAAGGAGUGUGUCAGAUCUCAUUUAUACAGCAGGAUGGUUCGUGAACAAUACAUCACCACCACAGAGGAGUCUGGGCUCCUGGCACCCGUCAAUGAAUACAUCUAUAUGAUCGGGAUCUAUGGCUGGAGGAAACGCUGUCUCUAUCUAUUUGUUUUACUUCUCCUCAUCAUACUGGUGGUGAACCUUGCUCUCACAAUCUGGAUCAUGCGAGUUAUGUGGUUCAAUUCGGAAGGUAUGGGAUACCUGCAGGUCCAUGAAGAUGGACUGCGACUGGAGGGAGAAUCAGACUUCCUCUUCCCUCUCUAUGCCGAGGAAAUCGAUUCAAGAGAGGAUUCAGCUCUUUUGGUGCACUCUUCUGAGAACGUCACUCUCAAUGCUCGCAAUGAAAAUGGUGAUGUAACAGGAAGUGUGUCUGUAGGUCCAGAUCAGGCCAGUGUCCUCGGCCAACAUUUCAACAUCACUUCAGAGAAUAAAGAAAAUUUAUUUUAUGCGGACAGAAAUGGGGCUGUUGUGGGAAAAGGAAGACUCCGUGUAACAGGUGAGGAGGGGGCGCUGUUUGAGCAUUCGGUUAGGACUCCUCUGGUAAAGGCAGUGGGACUCAAUAAAGAGUUAAGACUGGAGUCUCCAACGCGCUCUCUCACCAUGGAUGCACCCAAGGGGGUUUACGUCAAGUCCUCGAAGGGUGUUGAUGUGACAGCACAUUUUGAUAUUGUGCUACAUUCAUCUACAGGACUGCUGGUUCUGGAUGCUACAUCUGUCCGUCUGCCCACGUUACCCCUGGGUGAAGCGGGAACAGGCGAGGGAAUGUAUAACAUGUUUGAGGUUUGUGUCUGUCCCAGUGGAAAGCUCUUCUUCUCUAGAGCUGGUGUCUUCUCUACAUGUAGUGAGAGCCAUGACUGCUGAAUGUGUUUCUGUUCAAAACACCAACACAAGAACCAAAUCAGCCAUAGCAUCGGAGGAUUUUGUUUGAUCAAAUAAAACAAAAAACUCUUGCAAAUAAAGAUGAUUGAUUCAUUGGGAGGUUGAAAUCGACAGUAUUGCCUCUGUAGUUUGUCCUGUAUAUGGAGCAAAAUGACUUUUUUAUUAGGCUGGGCAGUAAAGGAGCUGGUCACCAGCUUACAUCCUAUGCAAUAUUAUUAUGAUGUGCAAUAAAAAAGCAAAUCUUGUAUUUAACGUAGUCUAGUUUUUGUUCAAGAAGCAUUGGACAGUAAAGCCAUCGUCAUUUUAAUGUUAGAGAUGUGUGUCGGUGCCAAAACAGAAAGUGCAUUGCCAGUAACAACAGUAUGAUCUGUAUGUAAAAGAAAAAAGUGUGUAAAAUGGAGAAACAUACAUGACAUUUUGUAAACGGUUUAUAGUAGUAAUUAUGUAAAGAUUAUAUUAUGUGCUGUUUGACGAAAGGUGCAGUUAAUUUUUUAAAUUUUUGUGUGUAAUGGAUUAAUAUUAAAUUUGGCAUCUUCUUCAUUUCAUGUGUCAGCUUGAAAAAUUGGGAAUUGUACUUUUUAUGUUUGUAUAUAUUGUCUGACCAUGUAUACAUCAUUGAAUUUUACUUACAUUAUGAUUUAUGUAAUUUUAUUUAAACAUAAAGAAAAGUAGGUUGCUGUAUUUCAAUGCUUUCCAUUUAAAUAUAAUGUUUAAGUUUUAAUUUACAACCAUGCAUGAUAAAGUAUGACAUGUUUAUGAUUUCCACAUCCAGUGCCGGCCCGAGCCUCUUAGGGGCCCUAAGCAGAAUGUGUUUGGGGCCCCCCCUCACCAAUUUUUUUAUUAAAAAAUAAAGACAAUUUUU